AUGAAGAUGAUCUACACAGCCAGUAUUCUGCUUGCCCUGGUGAUCUCUGUUCACUCGGGGCCGAUAUCACGACCUGAUGAGAAAGAUGAUGCUUUUGCUGAGAUUUACCUGAAGAGGUUCUAUAACCUCACACAGUCUCCAAACAACAAAUCCAAGCUCUCUCAGAUGAGUGUGAGACUAGCCGAGAUGCAAAAGUUUUUUGGACUUACCGUGACAGGGACUCUCGACAAAGAGACUUUGGAUGUGAUGAAGAAGCCUCGUUGUGGAGUCACAGAUGUGGCCGCGUACUCUACUUUCGGUGAGGGGCUCAAGUGGAAGACGAACCAGCUGACAUACAGGAUUGAGAAUUAUACUCCUGACAUGUCUGCAUCUGAAGUGGACACUGCUAUCGAGAAAGCGCUACAAGUCUGGGCUAAAGUCAGUCCUCUGAGAUUCACUCGCAUCUACAGUGGUAUCGCCGACAUCAUGAUCUCGUUUGGAACCGGAUCCCAUGGUGAUGGUUACCCAUUUGAUGGCCAACACGGCACUCUGGCUCAUGCUUUUGCCCCAUCUACUGGCAUUGGUGGAGAUGCACACUUUGAUGAUGAUGAGAAAUUCACCUUCAGUUCCACUAACGGAUACAAUCUCUUCCUGGUGGCUGCCCAUGAGUUCGGUCACUCGAUGGGUCUGUCACACUCCAGUGACCCUGGUGCCCUGAUGUACCCGACAUACAGCUACAGAGAUCCAAACACAUUUGUUCUUCCCAAAGAUGAUGUGAACGGAAUCCAGUCUCUGUAUGGCCCCAACCCUGAUAAACCAGCCGACCCCAGUAAACCUGAACCCACUGCUCCAGUCACCCCUAAUGCCUGUGACCCCAAUCUGGUCCUGGAUGCUGUAACAACUCUUCGUGGAGAGCGGUUCUUCUUCAAAAACAACAUCUUCUGGCGCAUUGCUGGAAACAUCGAACCCCAGCAGCAUCUGAUUAAGACCUUUUGGCCAGAGGCUCCAGACAACAUCGAUGCUGCAUUUGAAAACACAAAGACGGACAGGGUGUACCUCAUCAAAGAUCAGAAAGUCUGGGCUUUUAGUGGUUAUGAUCUUGUGCGUGGAUAUCCCAUGAGCCUUAGCAAAAUGGGUCUGCCCACUAAGGUGAAGAAAAUCAGUGCUGCACUGUAUGACACAAAUACAGACAAGACCCUGUUCUUCGUAGACAACAAUUACUACAGCUAUAACGAAGCCAGCAAGAAGAUGGACACAGGUUACCCGAAACUGGUGGAACAAAGUUUCCCAGGGGUCACUGGUAAAAUCUCUGCUGCUCUUCAACACAAAGGUUUCACCUACCUCUUCAGUGGAACUCGAGUGUAUGAGUACAGCACCACCAGCAAGAGGGUGCUGCGUGUGCUAAAAACCAACUUCUUUCUGCCGUAUUUGGAAAAUGACUGUGGGGAUGACCAGCAGGAGAUCCUGAAGAUGGUAGACGCAGCACUACUGGCGUUGACACUUGCAGCGGGUCUGCUGCUUUGCAGUGGUGCACCAACUGAUGUCAAACCAGACGAUCAAGAGAAAGCAGAGGAAUAUCUAAGGCAGUUCUACUUUGAAUCCAGCGUUCCAUCUCUCAGCAGGAUGAAGGAAAGCAGUUUUGAGGACACCCUGAAGCAAAUGCAGGAAUUCUUUGGACUCGAGGUGACGGGCAAGCUGGACAAGAAAACUGUUGAUGUGAUGAAACAGCCCCGCUGUGGAGUUACUGAUGUUGCCAAAUACAAUCUUUUCUAUGGCAAGCCCAAGUGGGAUAAAAAGCUCGUCACAUACAGAAUAACCCAGUACACACCAGAUCUGACCCAGAGAGAGGUGGACACCACCAUCGCUAAAGCUUUCAAACUCUACAGUGAUGUCAUUCCACUAGACUUCAAGCAGAUCCACACUGGAACAGCUGAUAUUAUGAUACUCUUCAAAGCCAAAUAUCAUGGAGACUUUUCUCCUUUUGAUGGGCCAGGAAAGGUUCUGGCCCAUGCUGUAUCUCCAGGACCUGAGGAAGGAGGGGAUACUCACUUUGAUGAGGAUGAGCACUGGACCCUGAGCUCAGCAGGUACAAAUCUGCUUUUAGUGGCUGCACAUGAGUUUGGUCAUGCACUGGGUCUGGAUCACUCACAGGAUCACUCUGCUCUGAUGUACCCUACAUACUCUUAUGUUAACACGAAUGGAUAUCAGCUGCCUCUGGAUGAUAAGAAAGGGGUCCAGGCUCUCUAUGGUGUCCGCCAGUCUUCAAACCCCCAGCCUGGACCUGAUCCUAAACCACAACCAAUGCCCAAUCCACAACCUCAACCGCAACCCCAACCACAACCAGUACCACCGGAGGCAUGUAACCGGAAUUUGGUUUUCGAUGCUGCAACCAGCAUAAACAAUGAGCUGUACUUCUUUAAAAAUGACUAUUUUUGGAAGAGAAGUUCUCUGUUUGAAGGUGCUCCUCAGACUGCUAUAAAAUCCACCUGGCCCUCUAUCACUUCAAUCGAUGCAGCUUAUGAGCUAAGAGGAAAAGGCAUCAACUUCUUCUUUAAAGGUCAGCAGUAUUGGGGAGUGAAAGGAAAAACAGAAUUUCCUGGCUAUCCCAAACUCAUCGCUGGCUUUGGUUUCCCAGAUUCAGUCAAAAAGAUUGAUUCUGCAAUCUAUGUGGAGUCCAUCGGCCACACUCUGUUUUUUGUUGGUACUGAAUAUUGGAGCUACAAUGAAAACACUGGGAUGAUGGACCCUGGCUUUCCUAAACCAAUUUCGGCUGAUUUCCCUGGCAUUGGCUCCAGAGUGGACGCUGCUUUUGAAAACUAUGGCUUUUUGUAUUUCUCUGAUGGUGCCAGCCAGACGGAAUACAAUUUUCGUUCCAGAACCAUAAACCGUGUGCUUCGGAAUUACAGCUGGCUGAAAUGUUAAUAAGCAAAGUUAUACAUUUAUAAACAGACUGAAUAACACUUAGAUUCUAUACAAUACAUUUCUACUGAUCUGCUUAUAUAAACAGCAUGUUUUAGUAUUAUUUCUGUUUGUAAUCUGUGUUUCUUGAAUAUUUUUUUUCUAUUUUAUCUUAAUCUACCAUGUUAGUGUUGGCGCAAGAAUAUAAACAAGGACGUCACAUUU